AUGCCAGCUCGCCUCCCGCGGGCGGGGCCGGGCCGGGACUCGGGCCGCCGAGACUGGAGCCGCCCCGGGCCGCGCUUCACGGGCCGGGCCAUGGCGGAGCGGGGCAGCCCCCGCGCCCCGCGGGCGGGACGCGCCGGGCCGGGCGGGCGCGCCACGGCCGGUGCAGGUUCGGAGGGGCCGCCGCGGAGCCGCGGAGCCGCGCCCGGGCGGCGGGAGGAGCCUCGGUGCGGGUACCUGCGCACGGGCCGCGCCUGCUGCCGGCUGGCGGGCGCGCUGCUCGCCCUGCUGCUGCUGCUCUGCGGCGCCGUGUCCUGCCGCUGGCCCGGCGGCUACACCGGGCUGCCCGCCCGCGGCGGCAGCUACUACUACCACUACGGCGGGGCCUACAGCGGCUUCAGCGGAGCGGACGGGGAGAAAGCCCAGCAGCUUGACCAGCGCUUCUACCUGCUGAAGCUGCCGCUCGGGAGGGCAGCGAUGGCCGUGGGAGGGUGUCUCCUGGUCUUCUCCUCAGCCCUUCUUUUGGCCGGCGCUCUGCGGUCACCGCGGCGUUUCCCAGCGUGGCUGCUGCUCGAAGGCAGCCUGGACGCUUUGGUUGCCAUUGGCCUAGUGCCUGCUCUCUACUACUUCUUCCAUUUUCUGCUGGCCGUUUAUAAUUCAUCAGUGUGCAAAGAGAGAGAGCAGCUUUACCAAAGCAAAGGCUACCAGGGCUUUAGGUGCAGCCCGCACGGGACGGAGAUCGCUGCCGGCCUGUGCGGCGGCGCGGCUGUCCUGGCGCACCUGCUGAGCGCAGGCCUGGCUGCCAGCGGGUACCGAGCCCUGCACACGCUGAAACAGAAGCCAGUACAAGUGUAUGAGCUUUAGAAUGAUUCCUCCGCUCCAGCAACGCUCCUGAUUUUUGCCAGCCUCCUUACUGAGAAGCAGUAUGCUCUGCCUUGCUUCUGGGCAGCGUGUCCUUGACGCUGCAGCAGAACACACUAUGAGAGUGUAGCUCUAAAUGUGGAAGGAUCAGGCUGUUCCGACCUUGAAUUUGCAUUAUCGAAUUAUUCAUGGACACAAGUUAGGCCGAUGGAUUGUCUUAAUCUGGUGGCUGUCUCUCAGAAGAGAACUGACUGUCCUCAUGCAGUUGACUAGCAAGCCCCAGCUCCACGGGCAGCCUGUCCCUCCCCUGCGCCGGUGUCUUGUUCUCCCCCAGCACAGUACAGCUACUACAGACUUCUGCUGAGGAGCAGCUUUCUGAAGUAACUGAAACUGUCUUUACAAAGGGCAUGUGACUAUUCACUGAGAUGACAGUUCUUAAAAAAUGAGUGAUCAAGGCUUGUGGUUGUGGCAGCUAAUUACUGCUUUCUCACAGGUCUCUUGGAACCUGCAGGGCAGCCUGAACCGAGUAUUUAUAGAGCCAGAGUCUUGAAAAAAAAUCUGUAAGAUGAAUCCCCACAGCCUAAUGUGACACAAUGCCUUUCAAACUCCUGGAGAGGGCACAUUUCCAUAUUAAAUGGUCUUUUAUAUAACUUGUAUACAACAGUUUUACUUAAAAAGCUCUAAGAGCUCCAACAGCUGGUUUAAGAUAGUAUAUUUUUUUCAAAAUACAUUUUUAAUGUACCAGCUGGGGAAAUGAGAUGCUGGUUUUCUAUUAUUUAUAAAAAAGGUGAAGUUUAAAUUUCAUAUACAAGUUUGAAAAGUAACAGGGGAAAAGAAAGAGUAGCACUGGAAUCACAAAAUCGUGCCUCAGAAUGAGGCAUCUCAGAGCAGUGCCCACUAUAUGCAUUGUCCCUAUAAUUACAGAACCAUCUCUGGUCUCACCAGUUCUGCCCAUAUGAGCUUUGUCUUGGAUGUAUCUCCAGUUUCACUGGCACCGGUGACUAAAACCUCACAAUUGCCAAAACCAUUGGAGCUAGAGAUACAAAAGUAAAACAAAUGCUAACCAGGAACACACCAGGUUCUCUGGGGUUUGUUGCUUUCCCCUCCCUUUUGGCAGCUAGAUGCACUGAGCAGUUCAGUGCAGGGAUGGAUCUGGAUAGGCCACUGUGCUCCCAUUUCUCUUGAUUCUGUAUCUCCUGUGUGCUGCAGCUACUUCCAAAGAGCUGCACGGUGCUGUUCAGAGCAAGUUCACAGGGAAGGAUUCCUCUGGCAGGACACAGGAAGCUGCUUAAUAAUCAUUGUUCUGAAUUCCACCCUCACCGUGUUCUGCAAGUGGGUUUUGUAUGGAAGGCUGAUGAGGGAAGUACCACAGAACUCAGAGGAGAUCCCACAGCACAGCUGUUCUAGCCACGGCUGCUCCACUGGGAUACGGCACCUUCUCCCUCCAGAGCAGUAACAAAAUCAGAAUAUGGAGUUAGAUGAAAGUAAAAAUCUUUAUUGCUAAGUUAGCUGAAAAGUUGAUGCAAAAAUAUUGUUCCUUCCUGGACUGCUCUAUACAUCUGAAUAAAGAACUGAUGGAAUAGUG